GUUCCAAAGCCUUAUCUACUCGUCUAUUCGUUAAGCUCCCUUACCAUUCUCGUUCUAUAGAUUCGAGCGAGGAACUCUCGAGUUGUUUCCAGAGAUUGAUUCAGUUUAUUGACAAUUUAAGCAUGGCGAUACAUCCCAGUGAGCGAACCAAAUCAACUACGAUGCAGCUGGUAUUCGAUUAGGAAGAAUCAACCACCGAUUAUCAGUACUGUUUCAAAAUUUAACCUCGCCGUAGCUUCUCCGAGCUCACUCGGCUCUGUCGCCUCUCUGGUCGAAUCGAACACAUUCCAGAAGCGAUUGGGAGAUUCUGUACAAUGAAUGCUUCAUUUUGUUGUAAUCACAUUCACCCACAGUUCCUUAAAAUUCAACAUGCAAGCUCCUUCGCGAGGGGGAGAAACGCUAUUCAAUGGCCAUCUACGGUUAUUCAGACGGCGGAGAGCCAAGUGGCGACUGAGGAAGCUACCUCUCAAUCGGAAUCUGUUGCUCGUCGCCUUAUUCUGCUUCGCCAUGCCAGGAGUUCGCGGCAAAAACUUUCAAUGCGAGAUCACGAUCGCCCCUUGAGUAAAGAUGGAAAAGUUGACGCUAUUAAAAUUGCUCAGAAACUCCAAGAAUUGAACUGGAUCCCUGAACUUAUUUUAUCCAGUGAUGCCAAGCGGACCAGAGAAACACUUCAGAUAAUGCAGGAGCAAGUUGUUGGUUUUUCGGAAGCAAAGGUUCAUUUCAUUCCCAGUUUUUAUUCCAUUGCAGCCAUGGAUGGUCAAACUGCGGAGCACCUUCAGCAGGCUAUCAGUAAUUAUUCGAGGAAUGACAUAAUUACUGUCAUGUGUAUGGGACAUAAUAAAGGCUGGGAAGAGGCAGCCUCGAUGUUUAGUGGCUCCUCCAUAAAACUGAAGACAUGCAAUGCUGCUUUGCUUGAGGCUUCGGGAAAAUCAUGGGAGGAGGCAUUUGCUUUGGCGGGACUAGGUGGGUGGAAGCUUCACGGCAUAGUACAACCAAAUAUUAGAUCAUAGAACAUUUUUAAGUUUUCUAGAAUAGUUUAGCAACCACUCUGCUGUACCCAAAUUCACCCUAUGAAUGCUCAUACAUCUAUAUAAUCUUUCUCCAGGGUGGUUAAAAACACUUCGAAUUCGACUUGUUGGCCUUGUGCAUGCUUUCACUGAACCCUUUUUCCCAUUGGAGACUCGGAAUUAGAAAC